CUGUGAUGGAAGAUGUCCUCAAUGAUGUCAGAGAAGUUUUUCUGGAUGAUGGAGUAGAUGAACAAGUACUUAUGGAAUUAAAAACAUUGUGGGAGAAUAAGCUGAUGCAAUCUAAGGCAGUAGAUGGAUUUCAUUCAGAAGAACAAUAUUUAAUACAAGUGCAGCAGCAGCAGCAACAGCAGCAGCAACAACAGCAACAUCACCAUCAUCACCACCAUCAGCAAGCACAACCCCAGCAGACUGUGCAGCAGCAGUCCCAAACACAACAGGUCCUUAUCCCUGCAUCACAGCAAGCAGCACCACCUCAAGUUAUUGUACCAGAGUCAAAGUUGUUACAACAUAUGAAUCCCUCAAGUAUGAGUGCUGCUGCCACUGCUGCUACGUUGGCACUGCCUGCUGGUGUUACUCCUGUUCAGCAGAUAAUAACUAAUUCAGGCCAGAUUCUACAGGUGGUUAGGACUGCCAGUGGUGCCCAGUACAUCCUUCAACCACAGCAGUCAGUGGUUUUGCAGCAGCAGGUUAUACCACAGAUGCAGCCUGGGGGAGUACAAGCUCCUGUUAUACAACAGGUUUUGGCACCUAUCCCUGGAGGAAUACCACCACCAACAGGUGUCAUCAUACAACCUCAGCAGAUCCUAUUUACAGGGAACAAGACACAAGUCAUACCAACCACCGUGGCAGCUCCCACUGCAGCACAAGCACAGAUCACUGCAACUGGUCAGCAACAACCACAGCAGCAGCCUGCCCAGCCACAAGCUCCUUUGGUGCUACAAGUAGAUGGGGCUGGAGACACUUCAUCUGAAGAAGAUGAAGAUGAAGAGGAAGAUUAUGAUGAUGAAGAAGAAGAUGAUAAAGAGAAAGAUGGAGGAGAAGAUGGACAAGUCGAAGAGGAACCCCUGAAUAGUGAGGAUGAUGUAAGUGAUGAAGAAGGACAGGAACUAUUUGAUACAGAAAAUGUUGUUGUGUGCCAAUAUGAUAAGAUCCACAGAAGUAAAAACAAGUGGAAGUUUCACCUCAAAGAUGGCAUUAUGAAUCUUAAUGGAAGAGAUUAUGUAUUUUCCAAAGCCAUUGGAGAUGCUGAAUGGUGAAGAAUUGCCUUUUUUAAAAAAAAAAAAUUAUAAAACAAAAAAAAGGAUUCUUAAAGCUGGACUGGUUGAAAACCUAGGACAUUAUACUUCAACCAAAAUUUACUUCUGCAUGUCAGAAAAGUAUGGUAGAAGCAAAGCUACUGGAACAAAGAUUGACCAUGACAACGUAGACACUACUUCAGACUGGCAAGCCAUGGAACUGUAGCACCUGAUGUUGUGGGGAGCUGAAUUUUUGUUAGGAAUACCAUAAUUAUCACUUCAACAUACAGGUACCUACAGCCAGUAAUUAGCAUGUUAGGCUUUGUUGCCAUCUUUUCCCCUCUAUCUUGUUAAAUCAGAAAAUAUUUCUUGGAACAAAUUGAAGGAACCUCUUCCCUUUUGAUAGACUGAUCUGGAACUUCUUGUGUGUGGUCAUUAUAUUGAUUAAAUUUGUGUGGGGGCUUUUUACAAAAGGGAAAGAAUUAUGGUGUUGAAUUAAAAUUAUCUUGUAUAAGGAAAAGAUUUAAAAUUCUAUUUGAUAGGUCUUAAGUAAUUUUACUUGCCAUUCUCCCUCAGUGAUAUUCCUUCCAUA